AUAUACCGUGGUCGAAAGCGGAACUAUUGGUGUAACGAAGAGUCUUGUUCGAGUCUUGGAAAAAACGAUAAAGUUUCGGAGGAAAAUCGAAAACAAAGUGACCAGGCUUCAGCGAGUAUUACAGAAGACGCAAAGGCGAUUUUGAAAACCGACACUAUUAAGAGCAACCAGUUAAUUAAAGAGGGAUUUAGUUUUAAAAUAGGGGAAGCAUCAGAUGUCCGGGAUCCGAAAGAAAACGAACAGAAACAAACUGAAAAGAAAACCGAUAAAGUUUCGGAGGAAAAUCCAAAACAAAGUGACCAGGCUUCAGCGAGUAUUACAGCAAGUGACAUACCAGUGAGCGAACAAGUCAAGACAAUGCAUUUGGAUGACGAAGACGUGGCCAAAUUGUUUGCUGAAGAAUUCGCAGAAGAGUCUUGGAAAGUUGAAAGAUACGACGAGGCGCGCAAGAUGUUCAUGCAACUGAUUGAAACACCUGAACAGACGUCACGUUUUGCCGCUUUGUUGCUAAAACUCUCAUUUUGCUGCAUAGUGGCUGGUGACGUAGGUGAGGGUGAAAGUUAUUUUCAGCGAGGUGUUAAGAUUUUACGGGGAGGACCACAAUGUGAACCCAAGUGCGCAGAAGAUCUGGCUCUCGUUGCUAAAAGAUUUGCUGAACAAAAGUGGGUGAAAUGCAGUCUGUUCCUGAUGCAAAUAUUCGUUGGUCUUAUAAAAGGAAUUCAAAAGGUGGAGCAGCAGUUGGACCCAAGUAAGAAAGCAGCGAUCGGGUUACUAAAUCUUAUCACGAUAUACAAAUACGAUGAUGCGAAUCAGUUAGUUGAUAAGAAAUACUAUUACGAUGAUGCGAAUCAGUUAGUUGAAGACUUAAUCUCUUGCUCACGACGAGGUCAGGAAGCUCCUGAUGAUCAAAACUUGGUUCAAUGGAUGCUUGUAAUGCUCAUGUGUAUAAAUGUAUUCCGUAUGAUCGGAAAAUUCAGUUCUUGUUUGAAAUACAGUGAAGAAGCCGAGACGGCCAUCGUGCGUUUAAACGAUGUUGACGAAAAAACUUUUAUGAAAGUUAUGCUUUUAUACUCGAGGUUCAUGAUAUCUCGCGAAUCGAAGAAAUUCGUUGAGGCAAAGCACUUUUUUAGCGAGAUGGAGUCAAUGCUGCCAAAAAUACACGAAAUUACUGGUACUGAAUUAAAAGAAGAAAGCUUACAAAUGUUUGAACAAGCGAAACAACUAAUUUCACAAUUCUAAUAUAAAACAUGCUGAAAUAAUAUUCUGUUAUCUUUAUUACAAGGUCCACAAUGUACAUCAAAGUAUCGUUAACUGUAAAACAACUUUAAGUAAUACGUUGGUACUUUAUAUGUGAAAAUAUUAGUCACAUAUGCAAAACAAAACGGUUUCAGAUUUCAUACAGUUGUUUCCUUUAAAAAAUCGUUUUACAGUACCUUUUCAUUCUGUUUUCUCGUCCUAUUUGGUAGUAAACAAAAGAACAUGUAAAAGAAUUUUAAAUCCGUAUCAUCACGACUCCCAUAGACCAUUGUUAAUUUUUUAAAACACGUUCAGGAUAUUUGGAUAUAAUGUGCUAAAGGUGUCCCAUCUUCCCCCAGCACUCUACUGUAUCAUUACAAUAGUCAAAUAUUGUUUUAUAUUAGAUGUGUUACGUGUUAUAUUAUUAAUUCUAUAUUCGACGUCAUGUGUUUGUAGUUGUAAAAUAAAGAUUACUCACUGGAGGAUCAAUCCGUGUGAUGUACGGUAAUAUACAUUCUUCCGAAUCGUGUAACUAGAGUUAGCAUUGCGACAACGGCUUUUAUUAAGACAGACAUUUAAGCUUCGGCGCAAUUUCAAAGUCAAAGCAGAUUUAAAUGGUAAGAAUGCCGUGGUUAAAGCUGUGAAAUAAUAAUAAUGACAUAUGAGUUGAAUCUAAAUUUCCAUUCAGUUUAAUUGCAUUGGUUGUGAGAGUCUUGCUGUUGAAAUGGAAGAACAGAAUAUAGAAGAGAACAGUUGAGAAAAGGGUUUCUUCUGCCUUCUUUUUUCAAAAAGAAUAUAAAGUUCUCUCUUCUUUUUUUCCAAAACAAAAGAAAGAAUAAUUUGUUCUAUUGUUUUGAGAAAAAA